AUGGCGGCGGCGGCGGCGGCGGCGACGGCUUGCCGAUCUCUUCAUCUGUUCUUGGCCGUCCUCGCCGUGUCGGUUAGUGGUGUUUUGUCGAAGUCGUUCACCAUCACCAACAACUGCGGGUACACGGUAUGGCCAGGGAUCCUCUCCGGCGCGGGCUCGCCGUCGCUGGAAACCACGGGCUUCGAGCUCCCGCCGGGCGCGUCUCAAACCCUGCAGGCGCCGGCGGGAUGGUCGGGCCGCCUCUGGGGCCGCACCCUCUGCACCACCGACGGCACCACCAACAAGUUCGCGUGCGCCACGGGCGACUGCGGCUCGGGCGCCGUGUCCUGCGGCGGCGGCAACGCCGCGCCGCCGGCGACGCUGGCGGCGCUGCACGGCAGCGGCGGCGGCAUGGACUUCUACGACGUGAGCCUGGUGGACGGGUCCAACCUCCCGCUGCUGGUGGCGCCGUCUGGCGCAUCCCCCGGCGCCGGCAACUGCGCGCCCACGGGGUGCCUGGUCGACCUCAACGCCGCGUGCCCCGCCGACCUACGGGUCGUCGUCACAUCGUCGUCCGCCGCCGCUGAUGUCAACGCUGAUGAUGUUGUGGCGUGCAAGAGCGCGUGCCUCGCGUUCGGGUCGCCGCGGUACUGUUGCAGCGGCGAGUACGCGAGCCCUGACACGUGCGGGCCGUCGGCGUACUCGGAGUUCUUCAAGAACGCGUGCCCAAGGGCGUAUAGCUACGCGUUCGAUGACGCUACCUCCACCUUCACCUGCGCCGGCGGCGACACCGCGUACACCGUCACCUUCUGCCCCGGCACCAAUAGCGUGAAGUCCUCCAGCCCGAACUCAGGCGCACCUGGAGACCUGCCGGUUAUCAAUGGCACCAUGGCAUACGCCAGCGGUGACCAGCAGGUUGGCGCCGCCGCUGCUACACCGUCGACGUCGCGCUCCGUCGUCGUGCUUCUGGGUGCCGCCGUCUUGGUCAUGCUGGCAGGAGGAGCCUUGUCCUGA